AUGACGGACAUCUCCAUUAAUAAUCUCCAUGUACUUGAUUUGCCUGAUGAAGUUUUAUUAAUUAUAAUGAAAAGACUCAGCAUGGUCAAUGUUUUGUAUUCACUCGUGGGUGUUUGUAAACGACUUGAUCAAUUAGUAUUUGAUACAAAUUGUACUCAUCAUCUUGAUAUGACAUCUAUGACGAUGAGAUCAUUUUAUGAUCGUACUUAUUCAAUAGAAGAUCGAAUACUUUCAAGGAACUUUCAAAAAAUUGUACCUCGAAUUUGUCAUCAAGUAAAUAAACUUACAAUUGAACCAAACACAGUACAACGUGUUCUUCAAACUGCUAGUUAUCUCAAACUUUACUCAAUAUCAUUCAUGAAUUUUCCACAAGAAGAAUUUGUCGAUCAUUUACGUAAUAAUACAAUCCUUCGCGAACUUCUUACUAAUCAAGUUACAUGUCUUUUAAUCGAUAUUAAACAUGAAACAAUAUCACAGCAGCCUCCUGAAAUACUUGGAAUCAUAGUUGCUUAUGUUAUAUAUCUAUGCAAAUCAUUAGUGAAUACGGUUAGUGUCAUUAUUAGUUAUUUUGUCACAAAGCUUCUGAAAUUAAAACGUUUCUCUCUCAUCUCCUAUUCUCGUACAAGUUAUUAUGAUGAUCUAAUUAUUCCAUUACUUCAACGAAUGAUAAAUGUCGAAGAAUUGAUCUUAUUUCUAUCAGUUAUAAGAACAAACACAAAUUACAUUGAUGGUGCCGAAUUACAUGACAAUGUCCUUAACGAUAUGCCACAAUUAAACAAAUUUACUUUUAAUAUAGAUACAAACAUAGUGAAGAAUACUAAUAUUGAUUUAUCAUCAUAUGAAGAUAUUCAACUUAGUUUUGUUAGAAAGAAAUAUGGACGAGUUAAUUCACAUGUCGAAAUUUUCUCAAACGAAAGUCAUACUUAUUCUCGUCUACCUGAAUUUUAUAGUCGAUGUCAUAUCUAUUCACUUCCAUAUCAAUUUCAAACUUAUGUUGACUUGAAUAAUUCUUUUCAAGGUGGGACGUUCAAUACGGUUCAAUCUCUAUUUAUGACAGAUUUAAAUCCAUUUGAAUAUAAUUUCUUUCAAAUUAUUUCUCAUAGUUUUCCUUAUUUGAAAAGCUUGUAUAUAACGAAUGAUCAACCGCAAAAAGGCAAACAACAAUCGAAAACAUCAAUUACAUUUCCUUGUCUUAUUUAG